CUUUCCAACACUGCAGUCUGAUUGGAAGAAGCAAACAUAGCAUUGAUCUUGGGAGAGUACAAAGUUCGACUUUCUUUCGUAAAUAUGUGGAAAUACAGGACCUUGAAUAAUUGCAAUCUGGCCGUGAGCUCCCUCAUCUGCAGCCGUUUGCCAGCCAACCAAGCCAAAUUUAAUGCAGUAUGUAACAGCCGAAACAAGUCCACUGUGACCGAAAAUCAAUCUUUUAUGGCCAACAUUUUUCGAGGGUCACUGGUUUCCAAACAAGUCUUUCCCUAUCCAGAUGUUUUGACGGCGGAACAAAAGGAAUUGACCAACAGCCUCAUAGACCCGUUUGAACGCUUCUUUUCGGACGUUAACGAUGCAGCCAAAAGCGAUGCCAACGGAAAAAUGGAUGAUGACGUAGCGAAGGCGUUAUGGGAACUCGGCGCGUUCGGAAUUCAAGUACCAUCAGAUUUCGGUGGCUUGGGCUUGAACAAUACUCAAUAUGGAAGACUUUGCGCCAUUGUGGGGGCCAAUGAUUUGGGCCUCGGCAUUACCAUUGGCGCUCACCAAAGUAUCGGCUUCAAGGGAAUACUUUUGUAUGGAACAUCUGAGCAAAAGGCCAAAUACCUUCCGAAAGUGGCCGCCGAAACUGUUUAUGCUGCAUUUGCUCUUACGGAGCCCAGUUCUGGCUCGGAUGCUGGAUCCAUUCGCUGUCGAGCGGUAAAGACUCCGGAUAACAAAUACUAUGUCUUGAAUGGCUCCAAAAUCUGGAUUUCCAAUGGAGGCAUUGCUGAAAUCAUGACCGUUUUUGCCCAGACCGAAGUAGUGGAUCCCAAGACUGGCCAGAAGAAGGACAAAGUUACAGCCUUUAUAGUGGAGCGUUCGUUUGGAGGAGUCACCAGUGGCCCGCCAGAAAAGAAAAUGGGUAUCAAGGCCUCGAACACCACAGAGGUUUACUUCGAGGAUGUGAAAAUUCCGGUGGAAAAUGUUCUGGGCAAGGAAGGCGAUGGCUUCAAGGUGGCCAUGAAUAUAUUGAACAAUGGUCGUUUUGGAAUGGGAGCCACCCUCUCCGGAACCAUGAAGAAAUGCAUUGAACUUGCCACUGCCCAUGCCACCAACCGAGUACAAUUCGGGCAGCAUCUUAAGAACUACAAGGGAAUCCAGGACAAAAUCGCACAAAUGAACAUUCUGCAGUACGCUACUGAAUCGAUGGCGUUCGCCAUUGCCCAAAACAUGGAUGCUGGUAGUCAGGACUACCAUUUGGAAGCUGCGAUAUCUAAGAUCUAUGCCUCUGAAUGUGCCUGGACCGUGUGCGACGAGGCCAUCCAAAUCCUGGGAGGCAUGGGCUACAUGGUUGAGACGGGUCUGGAGAGAGUUCUGCGAGACUUGCGUAUUUUCCGCAUCUUCGAGGGCACAAACGAUAUUCUCCGGUUGUUUGUCGCCUUGACUGGCAUCCAAAACGCUGGCUCGCACCUGAAGGAGCUGCAACAGGCCUUCAAAAACCCAGCCGCCAAUCUGGGACUAAUAUUCAAGGAGGCUUCAAAGCGGGCUGCAUCCACAGUCGGCCUGGGCGGCACCGACCUCAGUGUUCAUGUGGCUGAUGAACUGUUGCCAUUUUCCAAAAAAACCGCUCAUUGCAUUGAUCUUUUUGGUCAGACGGUGGAGGAGCUGCUUAUCCGAUACAAGAAGGACAUUAUCCACGAACAGAUUUUGCUUACCAAACUGGCAAACGCUGCCAUUGACAUAUACUCCAUGGUUGUAACACAAUCGCGGGCCACUCGGGCUGUAAACCUUAAUUUGCCCACCGCCCAGCACGAGCUGAACAUGACCAAAGCUUUAACCAUUCAGGCAUCCGACCGAGUGAUAAACAAUCUCAAGGAUAUCACUUCCAGCCGGCAAAAGGCGCUCAACGAACAAAUUUCGGUUAUAGCCGGAACCAUCUUCGAAAACGGAGGUGUUAACACAACUGGUAUCUUAGACGAAAAUUAAAACGAAUUUUUUGUAUAUUUUUUACUUAGAUAAAAUUUAAAUUGUAUAAACUGCAUGU